ACCCGAAUAAGGUGUGUUAAUGCUGAGGAUGUCCGGAUUGCCUGUGACAUACUGCUGUUCCAUCUUGUGUGUAUUCCGGAUCCACUGUGACCCUGACUGGGAUAAAGCAGAUGCUGAAAAUGAAUGAAUGAAUGAAUUUCCGGAUUGCAUUUGACCCUUGUUUUUAAUACUCAGAGGUCUGAGUGUGGUUCGAUACUCGUACUGAUCUGAUACUCAGAUCCUCACGAUAACUAAACAACCUUGUGUCAGAGUCAUGCAUGAUAAGUUGUGUCCUGUGUUCACAUGUGAGUAGUGUUGUUUAAAGUUACAGGCUGGUAUUGACCCCAAGAUGACUCAGCCUCGGUAUCAGAUUGAUCACUACAUCCCUAGUUGAAGCUGUGUGAAACCGUGCUGGACCGACUCAGACUCCUUGGAUUUACUUUGGCCCCUGCUCUAACACACCUGAGCCAACAAGGCAGCUCAUUAGCAGGCACAUUCUGGGUCAACGUUAGUGUGUUAAAGUUGGGAAAACACUGAAAUAUACAGAGCCAGAGUGGAGAAGCAUUGCCUUCACUGCAUUGUGUCAGUGUGUAGUUCCACAGGGUCGUUGAGUUUAGUUUAGUUUAACAUUCCUCAUUUAACACACCUGAGUCAACUCUCCGGCUAAUUACCAAGACCUUCAUAAGUGAAGCUGGUGUUCGAAAUGAAAAUAAAACCACACAAAUAUCUGUAGAGAUCUCAGAGAUUGAUGUUAAAACAAAACUGUAAGUGUUCGUAUGUGAGGUUACUCUAGUACACUACAGUUACUUCCUGGAUUCUUCACCAGAAUUAUAAUUCAGGUAACUGCAGUGUACUACAGAAAUAAUAGUAGAGAAGUAGGAGAUUUCAGAUAUCCGCUACGCAAAUAAAGUGCUUCAGAGAUGACACUCAUCUCACACUGAUGUGUAGUGCACUUUACUAGCUAUGUCUGAUGUAUACGAGCUAUAUAGAGGAAUGACAAUAAAAACCACUUGACUUGAUUUGAGAUGCGUUGACUCGGGUGUGAUAAAUGAGGAAUGCUCAACUAAACAGAUCCUCUGGGGCUACAGACUGACCUGCAUGCGGAGAAGACAAAGUGUGAAAAUGUCUAAUUUUCACUAUAAGUGCAGUAGUUUGAUCUAAGUACCCUUAAAAGUCAUUCGAUUCAUCCCUUCAGGAGUUCGAGAAGAGCUGAUUUAAUUCAACAGGGAGGAUUUUACUGACUAACUUCUUCCUUAUCUCAAUUUUUAUAACACCAGACCAGUUUUUCUCCUCAGCAGACUAAUUGAUUUAUUAAUACCGUUGUUGUUAUUCACAUUUAUCAGAUUGAUUUAUUCAUUUCACGCACAAUCCUUUAAAGACAUGAGUCUCCAGCUUUCUGCGGCGGAGCUGGACUCCCCGGUGUCGCGGUGUGUUUUAGAGCGCGUUCUGAUGGUUUGGACAGAUGGGAAAUGUAACGUAAAUCUCUGAAGGAUGCUUGCUCGUUUCCUCUGCAUGAGCCCUAGUUGUGCACCAGCCUUUUUUUUUUCCUCCAGCAGGCUGUAAGUCUUCCUAUAGCAGAAAACCAUAAGCAGACACCAGUGAGUAGGUAGCAGGGGCAACCUGAGAGCAGAUUUAUGCAUGAAAGCAUAUUCCCCAGCACAAAUCGGCAUAAAUCAACAGCUGUUUCCUGGGACGAAAUUGGUCAUGUUUCUCAUCCACCCCACAGCGCCUUUAGUUUACAUGAAUGCCAUUUUGGAGGCGUGAAAUACAAGCGGAUCUGUAGUAAAAGUAAAGAAUGCAGACGCUCCACUGUCUGAUAGCGUGUGAUGCAUGAAGCACGCCUGCUUGAUGUUAGUCGUGGGAUGUGUGCCAGGCCACAGGUGCCCGAACGCCCUGGGGAGAAAAUUCAGCCGGUCGUGAUGGAUUGCAGCAGGUGGGCGCAUGUGGUAAUCCCUGUCCUUUUGAACAUAUUGUAUUAGUGCACCAUAAUUGCUUGCUAACAAUAUGAUCCAUCGUUAAGCAUGAUUGGAAAUGUUCAGGCUGAAAAUUAAGAGGACGCUUACUGUUGUGUGAUGGAUGUCAUAUCAGUUUUUUUUUUUUUUUAAACGUUCGACAGGUUAUCCAUUUAGUAAAUAACAUAUUUGAAUUGGCGCAAGGGUGCCAAUACUAAUGAUACUUUUACAGAACUGUGAGUAUCUUGCAAAAGACAAGAGGAAGAUGCAGUGAAAGUCCUAUAAAGUCCAAAACCAUACUUGUUUGCUAUCAGAUGAAAUUGCCAAUGUGCAUGCCUCUUUUGUGACACGUCCAAAACCACAUGCUGUUCACUAUCUAGUGCACUAUUUGUGUCUGAAAGAAUAAUCUAGGAAGUCUAGUGCACUCCUGAAAACCCACAAUGCAAUGCGUCCAUAAAGCACUUUGCAGUUUAUAGGAAAUAGGGAGUAGGGUAAUGUCUGUGUCUGUCACUUUCAUGGAAGGAGGCGUGUCCUCAUUGUGUCAUUCCUAGUAAAGGAGGCGUGGCCUCUGUGUCUAUCAUCCCCAAAUGAAGGAGGUGUGGCCUAUGUGCCUGUCAAUCUGUGUAAAGAAGGUUUGGCCUGUGUGUCUAUCAGUACCAGUGAAUGAGGGGUUGGCUCUAUGUCUGUCAGUCUUAGUGAAGUAGGCGUGGCCUAUGAGUCUGUGAGAAGGCAUGGUCUUACUGUCAGCUCAGGUGAAGGAGGCGUGGCCUCUGGGUCUGUCAGUCCCUUUGAGAAGAUGUGCCUUCUUUGUUAGAUUGAGUGACGGAGGUGUGGCCUCUGUGUGUGUGUGUGGCGUCAAUGUCCAUCAUCCCCACAUGAAGGGGGCGUGGCCUAUGUACCUGUCAGUGCCAGUGAAGGAGGUGUGGCUUAUGAGUCUGUGAGAAGGCAUGGUCUUUUUGUCAGCUCAGGUGAAGGAGGCGUGGCUUCUGUGUCUGCCUGUUCCAGUGAAAAGGUGUGCCCUGUUUGUUAGAUUGAGUGACGGAGGUGUGGCCUCUGUGUGUGUGGCUUCAGUGUCCAUCAUCCCCAAAUGAAGGGGGCGUGGCCUAUGUACCUGUCAGUGCCGGUGAAGGAGGCGUGGCCUCCACGUCUCCAGUGGUAACACAUUUCUACAAUACCAAAUCAGAUUUGUAUCACGUCCCCAAAUAAAGGACAUUGGUGGUUUGAAAAUUCCAAGAUCCAAGUGUAGUAGAUUUCUGGCUGUAUUUAAGUCUGAACCUGGGUGGGGCUCUGUUUUCAGAUCACUCUGUUGGCUUGUUUAAAGGAAAAGCAAUAUCAGAGAGGGGGAGAAUUAGCUUUGCUAUAGCCAGCUGCGUCUAGCUCCUGUAACACAUUGCCUGUUUAACCGUCCUGCCUGUUUGGAGUGAUGCUAUGGAAAUCCUGCAUGCCUCACAGGUAUCCUGGCGAUGUGGAAUUUCUCUUCAAAAAUCACACAAACCUGGUUCAUGCCUGCAAACUGCACGGAAUUACUCGUAAACCAGCCUGUGCUCCAUGUGUUCUGCCUGUAGCUAUUGUUAAACACAGCAGAGAAUAGUCCAGCAGCAACAUCACAUCUGCUGAUUUAAACCGAUGUGAAAAUGCACUUAUUAAGCCGGAAUGUGAACGUCUGCCUGCUCGCAUCAUGAGUACAUGGCUCACUGUCUAGCUGGACGCCUUGCAGGCUGGCAGCAGUUUGUGUUCGUCUCCGGGGACGGGACAGCCGCUUUUAUGUCUGUCUGUCGAAGGCGGGGUCGUGUUUUUGAAGGCCGUCAGUGCAAGGUCUCCUGUGUGCGCGGGGUUUUGUAAUGAAAUCAGCGUGUGGAGCUUUUGCUAGCCGUCUGUCGAGCACUGAGAGCUUUAAAUCUGGAAUUUUAAGCUGGAGAAAUGUAUUCGCUAAAGGAAAACCAAUUUGUUGUUUUCUGCAAUCAAUCAUGGACUAGAGAGUGAUGACAUUUUUUGUCUCGGAAAAGAAUUUCCCUUGUGAACACGUUUAUAUCGCAAAAAGUCAAUCACAGACUGUCUGGGAAUCCUGCCCUUUUUUAUCCAAAGCUGUUCAUCUUGGUUUUAGAUUAGUAGCAAUGUAGCUGUGUUCUGAAGUUCAUUCCUAACCUGUGACACUCAGAGCUUUGUUUCUGCAUAAGCGUUUAGCAAAGCAGAGUCACACGAUCGAGAUGAAAGGACAUUUCAUUAGACAUAAUAUUUAGCUCAGUGUCUUGUCCUGGUAUUCGUGUAUAAAGGGAGUCAUGAGGAUGUGAUGAGAGAGCGUGGCUGCAGUUUACUAAGGCCAAGUCAUGACACAUUGUUCCAGACCUGAGACUAAAACGCACACACAAAAGCACAGCUAGAGAUCCAUCUCUAUAAUGAGCAUGUCACAAGGUUAAAGGAAAAAUCCACCCUGAGCAACUUACAUCAAUAUUUGUCAUCUAUGUGCAUUUGAACUUCUUUCAGUGACAUGUUGGACUAUUUUCACUUUAGUUAAUGGUUUCCUACAUUACCCACAAUACCCUUCAACCUUCUGGUAGUACUGCAGUGGGAUCUUACCCUCACUUCAUCUCGGCCUAAAGAGAGUGAUGCAGCAGCGCUUUAGUCCUUUAGUCCAUCCAGCUCUAUCGGCUCUUCAUCUGUACACUCUGCUCAAACAGAUCCGCUUCCAAAGCUUUAGUUUUCAUGCUAAUGCCACUCGGAAUCUCAUACAUCACUAACUAGCCAUGCCGAGUCUCUGCCGUAACUCAGUGCAACUGCGUCGUAUAGCUGCAAUGCAUUCUGGACGUUAGAUUCCAGUAUUUGCACCAACGUCUCCACUAUUUCUGUAUUGGAUUUCUCAUUAAUAUGAUGUGUGAGCGAGAAAAGAAGCACUAGCUCUUUUGGUUUUCAGAGCUAACAGUGAGAUUUUAUUAAACACCACUGUAACAGCGCUAGCAAUUAAAAUUCCCCCGUAUGACAUCAGAGCGACACACUGAAAUGCCAUGAUUUUUUUUAUUAUUUAUUUUUUUUGACUAAGACAGUUAUACAUAGCCAUUUCUAAAACAUUAUUGUGAUGAUGUCAUAAUAAAAAUAAAGCUUAUUGUUGAAUGAAAAUUGGAAUUAAGCACAUGUCUAGUUUUAUUAAUUACUCUGGCCACAAAUCACUGCCUCAUUCAGUAUGACAGGAAUGCUGUUGUUGCAAAAAAAAAAUGGCGUCAUGACCAAUACACAAUUAAAGCUAAUGGGGCGCACUUAGCAUGAUCUCAUUAUUGCUCCAGCUCCUGCUUCCUCUCAUCCAUCAUUACUGAUAGCGGACUGUUUGGGUGAAAUGUUCCUUCAAUCUCAGCACACACACUAUACUGAAGCUCUGUCCUUGUCCUUGCUGUAGCAGCUGCAGGAGUGGAAUACUCUGCAUCCUAAACGAGAAAAAAAAAAAUCUGUGCAAAACUAGGAAACUAACAAGAAGCUUAAGACCUGGAGGGAGGGAUUGGAUUGUCCAAGGCUUCAUUAGAAUAAUACUCAAGUAAUAUUCAAAUAAUAUUGUUUCUGAAUUUUUUUCUCCAUUUCUCCACUGUAUUUUCCUCCCGUUCUUCCUUCCUUCUUUUAUUUUCUUUUAUUCCUUCCUUCCUUUCGAGGCUCUUCAAGUGUUUAAGACUUUCUCAAAUGUUCAAAAAUAUUGACACACCCGUUUUUGAGAUAAAAAAAAAGCACAGUUUUACAGUAUACCAUAUAUACAGUUCAUAUAAGUUGUAUUUGUUCCCCAGCACAAAAGACACAUCCAUUGACUUGCAAAGUGUCUCACUGCAGAAGCACGGCAUCAAAGAAACAGUUUGUAUAUCCGGUCCUGUGUCCUUUCAUGGAGAGUGCAGAUAUAUUCAAAUGUAAGCACUCAUUUCCUUAUUACAAAUACAGACGGGUAACAGCGUAAAAAAAACAGUGGCAAUGGUAUGCGCCAGUGUGGGGGAGCGGGAGUGUGUGUGUGGGGGCAUUUAUUUAUUUUACUGGUAUGGCUUGGUUCUACUCAUCUCCUUAGAAGAAAGCAUCACUGCAAAUCAAUGCAGAGUUGACUUCUGACUGAUCACCUCUAUCCUACGAUGAAACCUUUCUAUCAUGAAGGGCGUGGUCUCUUCCAGGAUGACUCCGCCCCCAUCCACAGAAUGGCUGCACUUUGUAGUCUCUUCAGGACUGUGGUCAUGUGGCAAGUUAUUUAUUUUUCCCUUUUAUUUCUCUGACGCCACACCGCCUGCAGGGUGCCUGAGGUGCUAACGGGAUUUGGUCUGUGUUCUGUCCAUGCCUCUGAGGCAGAUGAGGUUAAGAGAUCUGACCAGCAGCCUCUGGAGCCAGGGAGUGAGGUUUGGCAUGGCCACGUCUGCCCUGCUGGAGACUAACCAGAUGUGAAGCAUUUGACUGGAAGAUCUGUCUGCACUGUAAGUGUCCGCGUGAGGAUCAUGCUGUGACGGCCAUGCCUCUGGAGAUGGAGAAGACUGUGUCCAAGCUGUUGUACGACUUCCAGAGGAACUCCACGUCGGACGACGAUUCGGGCUGCGCUCUGGAGGAGUACGCCUGGGUGCCACCCGGCCUCAAACCCGAACAGGUUCAUCAGUAUUACAGUUCUCUGCCUGAGGAGAAGGUGCCGUAUGUGAACAGCGCUGGAGAGAAACACCGCAUCAAACAGCUCCUGCACCAGCUGCCACCUCACGACAAUGAGGUGCGGUAUUGUAGCUCCCUGGAUGAUGAGGAGAAGAGGGAGCUGAAGCUCUUUAGUAACCAGAGGAAGAGGGAGAACCUGGGCCGGGGUAACGUCAGGCCUUUUCCCGUCACCAUGACUGGAGCCAUAUGUGAACAGUGCGGUGGUCAGAUUAACGGAGGCGACAUCGCUGUUUUUGCAUCUCGGGCGGGUCACGGUGUGUGCUGGCACCCUCAGUGCUUCGUGUGCAGCACGUGUGACGAGCUCCUGGUGGACCUCAUUUACUUCUACCAUGAGGGCAAAAUCUAUUGCGGCCGGCACCAUGCCGAGAGACUGAAACCGCGAUGUUCAGCAUGCGACGAGAUCAUCUUUGCGGAUGAGUGCACAGAAGCAGAAGGCAGGCACUGGCACAUGAAGCACUUCUGCUGUUUCGAGUGCGAGACGGUUUUGGGUGGCCAGCGCUACAUCAUGAAAGAGGGUCGGCCGUACUGCUGCGGAUGUUUCGAGUCCCUCUACGCCGAGUACUGCGAUUCCUGCGGAGAACAUAUAGGUAUUGACCAGGGCCAGAUGACGUACGACGGGCAGCACUGGCACGCCACUGAAGACUGCUUCUGCUGUGCACGCUGCAAGAAGUCCCUACUGGGUCGUCCAUUUCUGCCCAAACAGGGUCAGAUUUUCUGCUCGCGGGCUUGUAGCGUGAACGAGGACGCCAACGGGUCGGACUCCUCUGACUCGGCCUUCCAAAGUGGCCGAACCCGUGAGGCCAGGCACAGCAGUUCCAAAUCCAGCAAGAGCAGUAGCAACAGCAACAGUGGUGGAAAUGGUUCGAGUGGGCGCUAUUCGGCUGACGUUGACCCUCUUUCCCUACAGAUGGACCUGCUGAGUCUGUCGAGUCAGGCCCCAAGUCUGACCAGAGAACCUCCAUCCUGGAAAAAGCAAACCGAUAGAUAUGGCUACGAGAGUCGGAACGAAUCUUCCCCAACUCCUCUGCAACUGCUGAGUCAGUGCAACCUCAGAACAUCCUAUGCCCAACAAGACAGCAGGCCCAAAGAGUCUGCACAGUCCAAGAGACCUCCUAUCUCUGCCCUCAAAGGACAUUCAUUUAAUGAGAACUGGCUCCAGCCAGAACCGGAGGACCAUUACCCAUCUGAGCUGAAAGCACAGGCUAGCUUUAAUGAGUUGCCAUCCAAUGGAUUCAUGGACAAGCGCUCUAUCAGCAUGCAUGCCUUUCAGAGGGAGAGAGAGAGGGAAAGAGAGAGGGAGGUUGCGGCUCAACUGGGCCGCAGCAGGAACCCCAUCAGUGCACUUAGCUUUAGUGAACAGCUAACACCACUGGAACAAACACCUCGCGGUUCCAUGGAGUCACUAGCUCUGUCAAAUGCUACAGGUACCUCGGCAGACGGUGGUGGUAAGAGGCAGGAGCAUUUGUCUCGCUUCUCUAUGCCCGACUUGAGUAAAGACUCUGGCAUGAACAUCUCGGAGAAGAGCAACAUGGGCACUCUGAACUCUUCAGUGCAGUUUCACAGCUCAGAAUCUCUCCAUAGCCUCACCACUGGGCAGCCGUACCUGGAGAUGGAGCCACCCGUGCAGGUGAAAUAUCCACUACCGUAUUCCCAGCAGUCUCCUGGAAUCACCAUUCUACCACCCGGCUUCACCUAUCAGGAAGAGGACAGGGCGAGUUUAGUGAGCAGCGCUCACAAUGCCCGUCUGGCACCCAUGAGUGAACGGACUCACCGGCGUGUUCUUGAACCGGAAGAGCCACGACGAAGGCAUCAUCACCGCUCCCGCCGUUCCCGUCGUUCUCGUUCUGAAAACGCACUCAAUCUGGCGGCCCAACAUCGUCCGGUGAUGCCAGAGCGAUCACAGUUACGCGUAUGUGAGGAUUAUGAUCGGUUUCCUCCUCCGCGUGGUCCGCGGGAUCCAGUAAAUGGUGGGAGUAGAGAUUCUAGAUUGAGACAGCAGCCUUUCAGGCCAUGCCCUCGCACAACUUCAGACCUUACGCUUCAGAACCCAGCUCCACAGCGCCACAUGGGUCGCUAUGCCUGGGAUCAGUACGAUUAUGAUGACGACUGGUGCUCUACCUGUUCUUCGUCUUCUGAAUCCGAGGACGAAGGCUAUUUCCUGGGAGAGCCAAUCCCCAAGCCAGUUAACCUAAGGUAUAUGACCAGUGAGGAGUUACUGCACAAGUACAGUUCUACCGGACUCGUAGGAUCUGGUCACCUGGGAACUCGAGGACAGUUACACACUCGCAAGCGCAGGAAGAGCAAAAACUGUAUUAUCUCCUAAUGUACACUCCUGAUGCACUCACCUCCACUAUAACAACUUAAAGAAUUCACUUUUUCCGCUUGAAUCUGCUUUUCAGUAUCGUGUGGUUGUCAGUGAGCGAUUAUGCAGUAAUGUCAGUUUAAGACACGCUUUUGCAUACUUUUUCCCUUUGAUAUUCCUAAAUAAUCAUUUCUUGGAACGGUUUCCCCGGUCUUGCUGCAGCCAGUGUGCAAUUGCUCUUAGUUUUAUUCCAUUUAUCGCCAGCACGGUUUUGUGCCACUUCUUCUUGCAGUGUGUUUCUAAAUGAGUUUAUUCAGUAAUUACGAUGUGUAUAUUAGUAAAUGAAUUAAUAAAUACACUUAAGUUAAGGAUGUAAAGUGAAUAUAAUGUAAAUGAUGUACCACAUAUUUUUAUAUUUUGUAACAAUAGAAUCAUUUAUGUAUUAAGUAUAAUGUAGAGAUUCCCUAGGAACGCAUGCAAGUUACUUUGCUGGUUUUUGUCCUGUACUGGAAAUUAAAAGUGCAUUUCAGCAAGUAGUUUGACUGACAGGUGUUGGUUCCAGAUCGUCAGAGCACGACAUGGUCUUUGAAAAAUGCACUCACCAUCUGCUCAAUGAAUAAAUGCAUUAGAAAAGCGUGAUGAGGCAUCGUCUGCCCACUGUUACUCACACGUUUCCGUUCCACAACGCUAUGCUUAUGAAAAUUCAGUGAUUAUUUUCACCCUUGCUUUGACAUGCUGAGAAUCAAACUAGACUUAGACUGCUGGUACUGGUAGGAGCUAUCCUGUUAAUCUUUUUAAAUAAAUAUUGUCUCUAAAAUUGAAUCCUAAUAAAAUUAAAAUUGAAUUUGAAAUAUACAGUAAAGUCACAAAAUAUGUAUCAACUAAAGAAUAGGGUUCAACAGGGUAUGCUACUGUAGGAAAAUAAUCAUCAAUGGAGGGUUUUUUCCUGUUAUACCUACAGUGGCAUGUCAUACUUUAUAUCAAUUUAUAGUUACGUCCGCAAAAAGUUAGUUCCUAUUAACUUAUGUUAUAGCAACUAUAAACAUUCAUUCUCUCACCUGCCUCUAUUUUGUUCUCUCUGUUAAAGAUAAUAGGACAAAAAACGCAAAAUCCCACUUGUCAUGUUAUUGAGAAACUACAAAUCCCAAAGUCCUCUGUCCUGAAGACUUCUCUAUGUCAGAAACCUUACUGUUACAAAGUACUGACAACUGUGAAUCCUUCCUUAUCUGCUACAUAAAUGUCUCUUUACAGACAACUUCACCAUAUUGGUAAUUUUUAAACAUGUUUCUUUAAGUAACAAAUCUGUGUUUUAAUUUGAAAUUUAUUAGACUACCAUACAAGUCCACCAUACAGUAUAGAACCUAUAACAAUAUUAAGCAAUGACUUCUGCCAGAUCAGAUGAAUUUAAUAUUAUUAUUUAAUAUUAUAAAUAAGUUAUUACUGAGCCAAUAUUUGGUGAAUGGGGAGUGCAUCACAGCGAUCAAAUCUCUAAAUGUGAUAAAAUACUUAUUAAUACUGGGAGGGCAACAAAGACCAAAUGGAGCGCUUGAAUAUUCAGUCCAUCAUCAAACAGAUGGGUGAAAUUCUAGCAAUUCAAUGUGUGAUUUUUUUUGUCAUGGUAAUGCUGUCGCAGACAAACAUUGGUGGUGAUUGUGAAAGUUAAAAUGUGUGGUUGUUUAAUAGGAUCUGCUCAGCAGCAGCUGCAUUAGUGUCUAUGAGCUAGUUCUGGCAGAGAUUUUGGUCCAAAAUCUGAGAACUUAAAACCUGCUAUGAUGAAAAUGUCACCAGUAGCCAAGAUGUCAUA